AUGAAGAAAAGGGCGAAUGCAUUACAACAGAAUGAGAAUGAGGACACCCCUCUAACCCUACGUUAUGGAAAAGGCCUGGACAAAGAAUGUGUAACUCUCUUUACCACUGACUCCCUCCACUUCCUGCAUGAGCUGAUUUCCACAUUUGAUGAGGAGGUGGACGAGAUUCUACAGCUGAGAGUGUCUAAAAAGGCCCAGCUGGAUCUCACAGGUGAUCUGCCAAGCUUCCUGGAAAGCACCAGACACAUCAGGAGAGACCCAGACUGGAAGGUCCUUCCCGUCCCCUCAAGGCUCCAAAAGAGACAUGUAGAUAUUGGAGACUUGGCACCCUGCGAUACUGAGCACUUCAUUAAAGCUCUUCUGUCACCAGCACAAGGCAUACAGGUUGACUUUGAUGAUGGAAACUGCCCGACGUAUUACAACCAGAUCAAAGGCAUUUACAAUGUUUUUAAAGCAGUGCAUAACCUGUUUCCCAAUGUUCCACAUGUAUCUCAGGCUCCCGUGCUGAUGCUGCGUCCCCGUGCGUGGAAUAUGGUGGAGCACAACAUGAUGGUGGAGGGGAAAGAAGCUCCUGGCCCGCUCUUUGACUUUGGGCUCCUCAUGUUUCACUGUGGAAAGGCACUGUUCGAACACAAGAGUGGACCCUUUUUCUACCUGUCCAAAGUGGAGGGCUACAUGGAGGCCAGACUCUGGAACAAAAUAUUUGUUUGGACACAGCAGAAGCUGGGUCUUCCUCUGGGCAGCAUCAAGGCCACAGUGCUGAUUGAAAAUGUGUUAGCAGCCUUUGAGAUGGAGGAGAUUCUCUAUGAGCUGCAAGAGCAUUCAGCAGGACUCAACUGUGGCAUCUGGGAUUACUCAGCCUCCUUUGUCAAUAAGUUUGGUCAUCGACCAGCCUUCCUGUUGCCUGACCGCCAUAAAUACGUGAACAUGGAGAAGCAUUUUCUGCGCAGCUACAUGGAUCUGUUGGUUAAGACAUGUCAUCGGCGAGGAGCACUGGCCACUGGAGGCAUGGCUGCCCUGCUGCUGCCUGAAGACCCACUCAGUGACACCUACAGGAGAGUGUUGGCUUCUGUCACAAGGUUGAAGUUAUUAGAGAUUACUGCAGGUGUGGAUGGUUUCAUGGUAUAUGACCUAAAUUUGGUUGAGCCCAUGCAGAAACUCUUCAAGGUCCACACCGAAGGAGAUAACCAGCUUGACCAGCUCCGAAAUGACGUGACUGUAUUUCCUGAAGACUUGCUAUCCAUGCCUUCAGGAGGAGUCACGCUUAAUGGUUUGAAGUAUAACAUUGCAGUUGGUGUGCUCUUUAUUAAUGCUUGGCUAUCAGGUAAAGGCCACUUCUUCUACAAAGGCCAGGUUGAAGAUUCUGCCACAGCAGAAAUUUCUAGAUCGCAGGUGUGGCAGUGGGUCCGUCAUCAGACCCGGCUGGAGGACGAUGGCAGGGUGGUGAGCAGGCAGCUGGUGACUGACCUCAUCAAGGAGCUCAUCAUGGACCUCAGUCCCCACUGUGGCUCUGUUAGACAGAGGUUACACACAGCAGCAAACAUGUUCCAGGAGGUGAUCGCAAAGAGACAUUUUCCAGACUUCAUCACUACCUACCUGAACCAGGACCACACCUUCCUCAGCUCCCAGAACGCUGAACCCAUGCAAGCUCUGGACAAAGACCUGAGGCGAUCGAAACUGUGA